UUAAGAUGGCAACUGCAGAGGUUAAAAAAAAUAUUAUUUAUAGAUACUUCUUAUGACCAAAGAUGGCAGUCCCAACAUUCCCUUUGUUUAAUUGAUGCUUUCAAAUUAUUUUAAGAGUUUUAUAAUCUGUAUUAGGAAUAGGAACCUUCCUGGUUCCUCCUUGAAUUUAAGCCCUUAGCAGUUAGCACAUAGUACAUCUACCAUUUCACUUCACAACCUUUUUGGCCCUUUACCAAAACUUUUUGCAGCUGAAACAGAUAAGCAGAUAUCAGGCUAUCUCUAUUAAUGUAAGUUCAAUGCAGAUUUUUCCUUCAUCAGCUAUAGUCUCUCAUUCUAUGUUUCUUUGCCAGUGUGUGUUGUUUUUGCUUUGAGUUGGCAUAUACAGCUUUCCUGCCUCAGAAAUGGAUUCUUUUAAACAAAUCUGGGGUGCAGAAGGAUGUAGCAGUAGUGAAUCUGGUUGGACUAUGUAUAUUGCCUCUCCCAUGCAGGAAGAUGAUGCUGGAUGCAGCAAUGAAAAUGAUGGAUAUCAUGACAUCUAUGGUGAGAACAGGAGAAAGAAGCAAGGGGUCAAAGUAGAUGAAGAAGAAAGUGAUGACUCAAUGGCUUCAGAUGCUUCCUCCGGCCCAGUUCAUUACCAUCAUGCUUAUGCUCACAGACAAAGUAGUCACGGGUCAGCAGCAUCUAAGAAAGAUAAACAAGAUCAUGGAAGCAAGUGUUCUUCUAAGAAGAACGCAAACAAACAGGAGAAGAAACGGGUUGACAGCAGAAGUAAAAAAUGAUGAGAAGUUCCAUUGUAUGUAUAUGAUGCUGGGAUUUUUGUAACCAUGCAUCUUCAUAGUUUGAAUUUGUUGAUUUGUACUCAUACCUCUUCUACUCUUAAGGAAAUAUCCCUAAACAUUCUUUGAAGUAAUGGAAUCACAAGUUUUAUGCGUUUUCAAAC